UAAUCUUUUCACUAUGUAAGCGGCAGCUAAAAUAAGAAAUAUUAACCGUUUCCUUUGGAAUGGGGUUGUGUAUGUAUGGGUGCUUUACUUCAGGACGGAGGUGAAUAGGAUUGUUAUUGCCACUCAGCAUUGCCACCUGUUGACUGGGUCGCUCAGUGGGGAAAUUCCAUCAGCGUGUUUGGGGUCAGCCUGGGCACCAUGUGCACACCAGCAAUGUCACACCUCCAGCCUCUGACUUUGCUUCCUCAGUCCUCUCGUAUUUAAACCCCGGCACCCUCUCCAGGAGGUACCAGAGGAUUACCUUCCAAACCCCUAUUCCUAUCCUAACAUCAAAGAACGCUUCAGGAAGCCAUGAGCACCGACACACAGGAGAACAAAUCCUUCACCCGGGUCGUCCGGAAGAUUAAAUGUGCGGCAAUGGUCAACAGCCUGGCCAAGAGCUGGCAAGGCUGGGCCAGUGAUCACUCCAACAAACAGGACGUCAUACCCUCAGGGUGGGUGCCUGACUCCAUUAUCGAGGACAUGGAGAACAAAGAGCAGAGUGAGAUCAAGCUGCAGGUCAGUCCGCGCGUGGUAACGGUGGAUGACGGCGAGGACCUGGGUGAAAGCUGCAUCAAAACGGGUGCGGUGACCAAGAGCGUGGCACCCAGACCCAACGAGUGUGGCAGCGACCGGGUUAGCUCCAUCAAAGAAAAAAUCAACACCAACCAGAUGGCGCCACCCGAGGGCGCGAAGCCCUUCCUGGGCAACGAGUCGCCCACCAGGAGACGUUACUGCGGCUCCAAAGCAGGUGGCAUGGCGAGGGUCCCGGUGCAGGCGGGCAGGGAGGAGCGGAAGAUGGGCUCACGCAGCAGUAGUCUGGACACGGAGGACAGCGGGAUCGGGGAGGAGACGGGCCUCAGCGACCACAGCGACAAGAAUGAGACGGAACAGAAGAAACCUAUCGCCAGACCCAAGAUUAAGGUGACCACUAUGUCAGACAUCAAGAGCAGGUGGCAGAGAUGGUCAAAGGAACACAUGGCGAGCCAGAAGCUGAACCCUUUCAGCGAGGAAUUCGACUACGACCACGCCAUGGCCUGCCGUCUGCAGAAGGGUGACACAGGAUACGGCCGUCCCAAGGAUGGCUCCAAGACGGCCGAGCGCGGCGAUCGUGCUCACAAGCAUAUCCACAAGGAGAUGGAGGAGAUGUGCUUCAUCAUCCGGGACAUGGAGAUGACGGACAAAAACGGGCGCUUCUACAUCAGCUUUGGCAGGCUGUUCGACCGCUACGUCAAGAUCUCGGACAAGGUCGUGGGCAUCCUGCUGCGCUGUCGCAAGCAUAAGAUGCUAGAUUUCGAGGGGGAGAUGCUCUGGAAAGGACAGGAUGACCAUGUCAUCAUCACCCUUAUGGACUGAGGCCGUGAAAGUCUGACCCACUGACCGAGAGAGGGCUUGCCCUUUACACAGCCUGUCAGGCAGCUGUCCAGUUUGGCACUGCCAUAGGCAGGAAACAUGGCGUCCACACUAAACUAACCACACUGAUCUUCUGUGCUAAUCCCUUUGUUUUCCCAUUAUUAGCAAUACUGUAUUUGAAAAUAAUGUAUGUACAAUUGUCAUAACAAUCAUUACAAAUUUUUUGUCAUAGUAAGUAUUUGAAAUGGGGCGUAUUUUUAUGAAAAAUCAUUUAGUGAUUUUUGGUUUGUGUUUGUGUUUCAUUGGUGUUGACCGUAAUGGUAGGUGUUACAUGACUGGAUUACAGUCACCUCUAGCAGUAAUGUGAAAAUUUCUUUCAAAAUGAAAGCAAGCCAACCUUCUUACAGAAGGACAUUUUAUAUUUAUUAGAUGUUUUGUGUUUAAUCUUGAUUGUCAAAUUAUGGCUAUAAUUUCCUCUAACAGCUCAAUUCUAAACUCAAAGCUUUGUUAAGUGACUGGAAAUAAAGUCUCCUU